AUGGGGUCGCAAAUUGAUUCGCAAGACGAGUUCACGGUGCUCGUCACCGGCUUCGGCCCCUUUAAAGCUCAGUAUCCUGUAAACCCAUCCUGGGAGAUCGCCCACUCUCUCCCAGCGUACCUCCCGCCCCUCCGCGCCAAGAACCCAAAAGACCACCGCUCUUCAACCACAUUCUCCUCCUCCUCCUUCUCCUCCUCUCGUCCCCUUCCGCCGGUCCGAAUCCUCGUCCAUCCGGAAGCCAUCCGCGUAAACUACCAAAACGUCCGCGCCCUGGUGCCUCAACUCUGGGACCCGGCGACCCACCCGCGCAUCGACGCCACCGUCCACAUCGGCAUGGCGGGCCCACGCUUGUUCUACUCUGUCGAACGGCGCGGCCAUCGGGACGGGUACGCUUUUCCGGACGUUGACGGGAACAAGCUCGAGGACGAGGACAGGCGGAGGGAGGAGGGCGAGGACUGGGUCUGGUACGGUUUGCCGUCUGAGAUUGAGACGGGGUUAGAUCUGGCUGAUGUGCUGGAGCGGUGGAAGGAUCACAGCCCGGAGGGAUCCGACCUUCGCAUAUCCGAAGACGCGGGGCACUAUCUCUGCGAUUUCAUCUACUUCUCCAGUCUGGCACACCUGUGGAAGGCGCAGAAGCACCGCAGGGUGACCUUCCUCCACGUGCCGUCCGAUGCGUCCGAGGUGUCCGUCUCCAGGGGCACGGAACUGGCGAUACAGCUGAUUCGGUCCAUUGCCGAAAGCGAGCUGAGCCGGAGACGCAAGGGGGGUGAGGAGGAAGUCGUGAAUAAGGAUGAUAGGAUUGCGGUUGAGCUGCGAGUAUGA